CAUAGAUUGUGGAAAUCAAAACAACUGGCCUCGUAUUCAAUCAUAUGGAGAGUUCGAAGGCAGGAGGAGAAAAUGACGGAAGGUAAUGAAAUUGAGAAGUGCAAGGAAGAUGCUCUUAACUGUGCUGCCAAGUAUGUGGCAAAUUUGCUCCAGAGACCAGACCAGCUAGACAAGGUAGAGCAAAUCAGAAGAAGAGUUUUACGAACAAAGGCAUCAGUAGAUUCAAGGUUGAAGACAGCUGUUCAAUCACAGUUAGAUGGAAUUCGAUCAGGAUUAAAUGAACUGAAAAGUGCUGUUGGUGAGAUAGGUGAAGUAAAAGAAUGGAUUCAGGAACUGGAUGGUGCAUUUGAUGAGAGUAGUGUUCUUAACAAGCAUUUGUCUGAAUUAAGGUUGCAGCAGUCUCGACAUGCUCAGGUUUGUGCAAGCUUUCAUUUACUUUUAAAGGCCAAUUUCAUUUAAUGGUUUCCUUGUUUAGUCUCAGUAAGUACGUUUUGCUCAGUUUGUCACAUGUUGAGGCAGAAAGUCUCAUUCUUUGCACUGAGAUAAACAAAAGCGUUUUACCUGCUGGCUUUUGCUAGCAAACCCUCUGUAGUAAUUUAUAAUCCUUUACGUCAACUCAAGAAAGAAGUUCUUGUUUAUUUCAAACAUAACGGAAUUCAACCUUCGUACUUCAAUCACACCUUGAUCCUAAAACUUAGUAUGCUAGAUAACAGAACAUAAGUAUACCAUAUCAUUAAAAUAGUGUGUCUAUAUACUUUACCCCCACGCUUAUUGGUUUUUCGAAAAAAAUCCGCCAAACUCACAGAUCCCCGUUUAUUAUUUUGGAACCUUCUAUAUGAAGAAACAGCAAGGAAAGAGCGAAAUUUUUUUUUCUGUUUGUUUUAGAUAUGCUUUUUUCUAUUAAAAAAACAAUGCAUCCUUAUUUCCAAUGUUAAGGAACUGCUAGCCAUAAUUUCCGUUUAUUCCAGAAAGAAUGUUUUGCUGCAGGCCCUAGAGUAAGGUUAACUUAUUUUAUGAAAGUACUAAUACUUGGCGCGUGAAAAAGAAAGCGUGUAAAUAAAUGCAGUCUGAUU